AUGGAGCUGCAACGCCCUGGCUGGCGCCAACGGGCCACGCCAGAGCCGGAAGAGUUGCCCGUGACUGUGGAGGACUUGGUUCCAAAGAACCAGCGGUAUCCACGCGUCACUCCAGCAUGGCUGAAGCAUGAGAAGCAGGUUCUCCGCUUCUACGCCUUCUUCCAGGAGACGGUCACGGAACGGGCGGACGAAAACAGCCGCAAGCGGCAUAUCAUCAUCAUGUACUACCUGGAGGAUGGAAGCGUCAGCAUGUCCGAGCCACGGAUUGAAAACUCCGGCAUUGUACAAGGUUCCUUCUUGAAAAGACAGCGGGUCUCCCGAAAUGAUGGAACAGGUUUCAUCGGCCCGGAAGAUCUCCGCUGUGGCAUCCAGAUCACUCUCUUCGGUAGGACCUAUCACAUCACUGGCUGUGAUAGCUUCACUCGUUGGUACUAUCGGGAGAUCGGUGUCGAGAUCGGAGAGAAUGAGGAAGUCCAAGAAGACGCGUGGCAGAAGUCCUACAAACUGAGGAAACUCAUCGACCGUGGCGCCUUACCGCCCUCGCGCUUUUCGGUGGAGCAAAAGACCAUCGGACAGUUCCAGAUGGGAGCUCCUCCCGUGUCCAAGAAACUCACACAAUUCCUGCUCAACGAUCGGAGGGUCUUGCGCUUCAAGGGAUACUGGGAUGACCAUACGAAGUAUGGAGCCCGGCUCUACUUCAACAUCCACUACUACCUGGCCGAUAACACCAUGGAAUUCAACGAGGCCCACUGCCGGAACUCUGGUCGCUACCCAGCACCUGUCUUCUUCAAACGCGGACCUCUGCGAAAGCACAACGUGGCACAUUGCGUACCUGCGAUGCUCACAGAUGAGUCCUGUGUGUACUUGCCAGAGGAUCUUCGGGUGGGAGACUCCAUCGACGUUUGGGGACGCAAGGUGGUUCUGUUUGACUGCGACGCUUUCACCCAGAAGUUCUACAAGGAAUAUCUCGACCUAGACCAGCGGCAAAAUCGCUUGGAUGUCUCUGAAAAGCCGGUGACACAUCUCAAGCUGACUCCACCACCUCACAAUGGAGUGGGCAAAGAGGAGGACAGUUUGAUUUCAACCCAGAUGAUCAACGUGAAGGCACCGAAGGUAGACCUGGAAAAACUCAUGGUCUACACGGGCGAGGUCUUAAGAUUCGAAGCUAAGAUGGCGAAUGGCCUGGCGGAGGAUGAGAUGCGCGUGCUGGUGAUAGCCUACUACCCCCAUGAUGAUGAGGUGGCAGUCUUUGAAAUCCCGGUACGAAACAGCGGCCAUUGGACGGGCAAGUUUGCAGACAAGCGACGCAUGAAGAACCCUGCCACGGGCAAGAACUUUAAGCUUUCGGACUUGGUGGUGGGCACCACGGUCACCAUCGCGGGGCAGCCUCUCCACAUCAUCCGGGCCGAUGAGCGUUGCCUGCGCUUCUUAGAAGCGCGGCCGCGGGAGUUCCCCUAUGCGGAUCCGGUUGCCUGCUGCCGCAAGCUGGCUGCACUGAAAGGUGAACCAGAAAUGCAGGACCCAGAGGGUAUCGACCCCGAUCGGCUGAAAGAGUUGGCAGUACACCUGGGCCUUGACAUCGUAGACCAUGAACUGGUGACUGUUCUGCGAAAGUUCGGUGAGAUGGAUGAGGAAGGCAAUCUGAGGAUGCGUCGCUGCGUUUCACUCUUUCCACGUCCAACUUUUGAGUGGCGAGCGGAAAACGAACUGAGUGCUCGUCAGCGGUUGGAAUGUGUUUCCCUGCCGCGCUUUCGAGCUCCCCAAUCUCCGGUGCCGUUGCACCGGAGGAGGUCAGGUUGCUGGCAGCAAAGUGCGGCCCUCUGUGCUGCAGGAGUGGGUGCAAAGCAUCGCUUACAAGAGGAGAGGCACCAAAGUCGUGCACAGCUUGUAGGUCAACUUCUGCGUUUACUGCGAGGUAUCGAUUAUGUUUGGCUGGCGUUGGGAAGUGCUGGCCUCCUGCUGUCCUCCUGUGCUGAGUUGGCAUCGCCGCCCCUGGCGGCUGCGGCACUCUUCGCAGCAGUGCAAGGCCGUGGCCAACUGCUGUUGCCACGCUGUCUGGCUGUUGCCGCCGUGGCACUCUUGGGCGGUGCUGCAGAGGGGCUGCGGAACUUUGCUUUCAACAUGCUCCGUAGUCGCCUGGUGGCACGCUUACGGGAAGAGGCCUUUGCAGUGUUGAUGUCACAGGAGAUGAGCUUCUUCGACGAAGUGGAUUCAGAACUCACUUCCCGCCUGAGCUCGGAUUGCAUGUCCGUCUAUUCCUACUUGAGUGACGUCUUGAGCUUUUUCCUCCGGUCAGGCGCUGUGUCCAUUUGCAGUCUUCUGGCCUUGCUUCGGCUUUCACCCAGCAUCACCUGGCGGGUACUGCUGAUGCUGGCGCUGGUGAUGCUGUGUGCAGAGUGGUAUGGCAGGGUGACCCGUUACACCGGUCGCAAGACCCAGGACAUCCUGGCAGAGCUGGGCCGGGUGAGUAGCGAAGCAUUGCAGCUGCUACGGACCGUGCGCGCCUUGAACGCGGAGGAUUUGCAUCGGCGACUCUUCCAGCGACAGAAUGACAUCAUCAAUGACACACAGCGCCAGCGAGGCGUAGCCCUUGGAGUCUUCUCAGCUGCCAGCAACGGAUUGGGCGUACUGCUACAGAUGGUGACCUUGCUGAUCGGCAGUAGCGCUGUGUUGGCGGGAUCCAUGACAGCAGAGGCGCUCGCGACCUAUCUGCUGUAUCUGGACACUGCAGUGGACAGCACUUUGGCAUUGGCAAAGUUGGGGAGUGCCUUGGAGCUGGGUAUAGAGUGGUCUUCCUGCAACGAUGCCCUGGGCUCCGCCGAGCGCGUCUUAGGGAUUCUGGCCCAGGGCGUCACGAGUCAGCGGAGUUCGAUUUCUGCAGGCAUGGCAGUACCGAAAGGAGAUGUGCUCUUCGACUCGGUCUGCUUUGCCUAUCCAUCAAGGCCACAGCAUCAGGUCUUGGCCAACGUGUCCUUACACUGCGCGGCGGGGAAGACCACGGCGCUGGUGGGCUUCAGCGGUUCAGGCAAAUCGUCACUGCUGAGUCUUCUGCUUCGCUUCUAUGACUUGCAGGAGGCUGAGGGUUGCGUGAAGUUUGAUGAUGCCGACGUCCGGCAGUUGGAUCGAGUCUGGUUGCGACGGCAGUUGGGACUGGUGCCACAGAGUCCGCGACUCUUUCGCGGAAGCAUUGCAGAGAAUAUCGCCUGGGGCUAUCCCAGUGCCUCCUUUGCAGAAGUCCGUGCUGCGGCCCAAAGCGCCCUGGCGGCGGAGUUCAUCGAGGAACUGCCCGAGGGCUAUGACACCAUCUGCUCUGAUGACAAACUUCUGUCUGGAGGUCAACGACAGCGCAUUGCCCUGGCACGCGCUCUGCUGCGAGACCCGGCGGUGCUUCUCUUGGAUGAACCGACCAGCGCCCUGGACCCCAAGUCCAGUGCACUGGUUUCCCAAGCCUUGGAGCAGGCACAGUGGUCCACGCGACGGAAUUGCCACCGGACUGUGAUUAUCGUCGCGCAUGACCUGCGCCUGGCUGCCGUGCAACGAGCAGAGAAGAUCGUGGUCAUGGAUCGAGGACGAAUCUUGGAGCAGGGACGACAUGCAGAACUGCUGGAGUUGAAUGGCGCCUACAAGAGGAUCGGGGCGCCCAGCGAUGCUCCACGGCUGUUUGAUAACAUGAUGUUGACAAACAAACAACAAUUGCGGGAAACUAUGCAGGAAUGUAGAUUCAGUUUCAUUUUUUUAAUUGUAUAUUUCCUGUGA